CAAAAAAUCUCUGAAGCUACACAGCUGCACCUUGGACCCUAACCCCCCAAAAAAAAAAGUUUUUUCCUUUUGAGAAAAAAUGGGUUUCCCUUCCGUCAGAGUCGAGUUGUCCUGAUCUCCACUAACUUGUGGAUUUCUUCGACGGAGAUCCCAAAACAAUCCUCGACGAUUUGGGUUUCUUCCGGUCUGUUGAAAGUGUAGAACUUGGUGUUCCUUCUCAAAUCCUCGGAAAUCCCGAUCCGAUUUGAAACCUUAAAUGUUAUCGGGAUCGAGGGUUUUAAUUCUUAAAAUCUGGAUGACCUGAUGCAGAAGCGGAGGACCGCCGCCGCUCUGAACCCACCGGAGUUCCUCGACAUGGGAGGUAAUAGUGGUGCUGAGUAUGUCCAUGUCGGUGACGUUCCGUCGCCGAAAUCCGACAGGUCUCGGAAAGUAUCUGUUUUGCCACUCGUUUUCCUCAUCUUCUACGAGGUAUCUGGUGGUCCGUUCGGGGUGGAAGACAGUGUGAAUGCAGCAGGGCCAUUGUUAGCACUUUUAGGGUUCUUGAUCUUCCCUUUCAUAUGGAGUGUUCCCGAGGCACUGAUCACUGCCGAGAUGGGGACAAUGUUCCCUGAGAACGGAGGUUACGUGAUUUGGGUCUCGUCGGCAUUGGGACCUUACUGGGGAUUUCAGCAAGGUUGGAUGAAAUGGCUGAGUGGAGUUAUCGAUAAUGCCUUGUAUCCGGUCCUCUUCCUGGAUUACCUGAAAUCGGGGAUCCCGGCUCUUGGUGGCGGUUUGCCGAGAGUUGUAGCUGUCUUGGUCUUGACUCUGUUGCUGACUUACAUGAACUACAGGGGCUUGACUAUUGUCGGUUGGGCUGCUGUUCUGCUGGGAAUUCUCUCGGUCUUUCCUUUCGUGGUGAUGGGUUUCAUUUCAAUUCCAAAGCUGGAGCCUUCGAGAUGGCUAGUGAUGGACUUGAAUCAUGUGGACUGGAACUUGUAUUUAAACACGCUUUUCUGGAACCUCAACUACUGGGAUUCGAUCAGUACCCUCGCUGGUGAGGUGCAGAACCCGAACAAAACACUUCCUACGGCUUUGUUUUACGCUGUGAUUUUGGUCGUUCUUUCUUACAUCCUCCCCCUUUUGACUGGAACUGGAGCUAUUCCUCUAGACCGUGAGCUAUGGACUGAUGGGUAUUUCUCUGACAUUGGUAAAACUCUCGGGGGAUCAUGGUUGCGGUGGUGGAUUCAAGCGGCUGCAGCCACAUCAAACAUGGGGAUGUUUUUGGCCGAGAUGAGCAGUGACUCGUUUCAGCUUCUUGGGAUGGCCGAGCGUGGUAUGAUCCCAGAGUUCUUUGCCAAAAGGUCACGGUAUGGGACACCCUUGAUCGGGAUACUGUUUUCAGCCUCGGGUGUGAUUCUCUUGUCCUGGCUAAGCUUCCAAGAGAUUGUGGCUGCAGAAAACUUACUCUACUGCGUCGGGAUGAUCUUGGAGUUUAUAGCAUUUGUACGGCUGAGGAUGAAAUACCCGGCUGCUUCACGGCCAUACAAGAUUCCCUUAGGAACCAUCGGCUCGAUCCUUAUGUGCAUUCCUCCCACCAUACUGAUCUGUGCUGUGGUGGUCUUUUCCUCUCUCAAAGUUGCUGCAGUGAGUUUUGUUAUGCUAGUCAUUGGUCUAGUGAUGCAGCCUUGUCUGAAGCACGUUGAGAAAAGGAGAUGGCUCAAAUUCUCCAUCAGUUCUGACCUGCCAGACCUUCACCAGGACACCCGAGAAAUCGCAGAGUCACUCAUGGAGUAGAAACCAGCAGAAAGACUACUCGGGUCACCCGUUUAUCUUUGUGAAACAGUGUACUGUAUGUUUCUCUUCUUUGUAUCUGAAACUUCUUCCUGUUCUUUAGAACACAAGUUUUAUUGAGCUUGUUUUGCCU